UAGUUUCGUGGCCUCUCCGUUUAACGAUUUAGUGCGGCGGAGCUACUUCGACGGCGCUGACCACCUCCUCCACAGCUUUCGUCUCCAUUUUCUGUCGGACAUUUCUUUUAGGUUUUUGGGAGUCUUUUCGCAGUCCCUUUGAAUCUAAGACUCUUGCGUGCGCCUGAUUCGCGUGCGGAAUCGUAAGCGGAAGAGCUCGCUUUUUCUCGUCUUCUGAUACAAAAAUGUCGGUCACAGCAGGAGUCAGUGACACUGUAAUUGCGAUAAGGGAAAAGCUAAGGGGUAAAAUUGGCCAGACAAAGGUGAAAAGAUAUUGGCCUGGGAAAGCUCCCGAGUGGGCUGAUGAAGCUGACGAUGAUGAGGAUGUUAGGAUGCAGAGGACUGCUGCUGUGGAGAGAGCUUUCCCGAAGCUCGAGGAUUCAAAGGUUGCUAGGAAGGAUGAUCCAAGGCUGCGUCGUCUAGCAGAGAGCAGAAUAGAAAAUCGUGAAGAGCUUAGAGCUGAUCAUCGGCGAAUCAGGCAGGCUGAGAUUAUUUCUACAGAAGAAGAGGAGUUUGGUAAACAAGAGACAAGAGAUGAGGAAGAUGAUGAAGAUGCAUUGGAAGAAAGAAGGAGAAGAAUCAGAGAAAAGAAUCUCAAGAGAGCACAAGAAGAAGCUGCUCUACUUCCCGUGGAAGAAGAGGAAGAAGAAGAAGAGGAUGAAGAAGAGGAAGAAGAGUCAGAGUAUGAGACUGAUUCAGAAGAAGAGAUGCCAGGCAUGGCCAUGGUAAAGCCUGUCUUUGUUCCAAAAGCUGAGAGAGAUACAAUAGCUGAACGUGAACGGCUUGAGGCUGAAGAACGAGCCCUUGAGGAACUAGCCAAGAGAAAGUUGGAGAUAAGAAAGAAAGAGACAAAACAAAUAGUGGUUGAGGAAGUAAGGAAGGAUGAAGAGAUUCAGAAGAACAUGGAAAUGGAUGAAGCAAAUAUCGCUGAUGUGGAUACUGAUGAUGAAAUGAAUGAAGCAGAGGAGUAUGAAGUUUGGAAGACCAGAGAGAUUGCCAGAAUCAAGAGAGAAAGAGAUGCACGGGAAGCCAUGGUAAAGGAGAGGGAAGAAAUAGAAAAGUUAAGGAACAUGACAGAGCAAGAAAGAAGAGAGUGGGAGAGGAAGAAUCCAAAACCAGCAGGUCCACAAAAGCAGAAAUGGAAAUUCAUGCAGAAAUACUACCACAAGGGUGCAUUCUUCCAAUCAGAUGUUGAUGACGUGGCUGCAUCGGUUGGAACAGAUGAUAUUUUCCAGCGUGACUUUUCUGCUCCAACCGGAGAAGAUAGGUUGGACAGGUCGAUACUGCCUAAAGUCAUGCAGGUCAAGCACUUUGGUCGCAGUGGGAGAACUAAAUGGACACACCUUGUCAAUGAAGACACAACAGAUUGGAAUAGCCCGUGGACUUCGAAUGACCCUCUACGCGAUAAAUACAAUUCAAAAAUGGCAGGGAUGAAUGCUCCUAUAUCUAAACCAAAAGGAAGCAAGAAAAUGAAGGAUUGGCAGACCUGACUUCUGUGGUACCCUACCUUUCGUAACAUCUACUCUGCAUCAUGUUAUUUGUAGGAUAUGGUUUUCUUGUACUGUAUCUUCUACCUUCUACGUAGUCUUAGAGGAAAGCAAUAAAGACAGCUGCAGGAAAUCAUGGAUGGGAUAGUUGCUGAGGACAUGCCAAGUGGUGAAAAGUGGUUCUUGAUCUUUCUUGCUUUGCAGAUCCUUGAAGUUUUGAGUAAAUCCCCUGUAGUGAGAGUGACUUCUCAGCUCGGAGUUGGAAGUUGGAACAUCCGAGUUUUUAGGAUUUGGGAGCUGAAUAGAUUUCAUUAUCAAUGUCUGACUCUGUGUAAAUGAUCCUUGUAUCCCAUCACAGGUAGCAUAUCCUGUCUCUGUGCCUGAUAUCUGUUUGAUUUAUUAUAUUAUCAAACCGAGGUGUAUGAUUUCUUCUUCAGGAUCGAAUCCAGAAUCAUUUUAUGUU